AUGGUUUUCUUCGCCUUUGUUUGGUCGUGGUUGUUUUUUCUUCGUCUCUCUCUUUCUUCCCUUCUUUCUUUCUACAUCCUUCCUUCCUUUGUUUCUUUGUUUCUGCAUCCGUCCACAUUACGUGCGCCACCCGCCUAUAAUACGCUUGAAAAAUCCCAACCGUCUAACAUACGCCUGCCUGUCAUGGCAGGUGCAUCUGGUGUACUCCAAAGUUAUGUUAGGCGGGGCGGCGCCCCCUCUACCCUUUACAGGGUGGAGUAUUCCUGGGCUGUACUGCCUGGGAGGGGUUGUUGCUGGGACUUCAACGUCAGUCUUGUCGCCCCGCCUUCUGUGACACAAUCCCAACCGUCUAACAUACGCCUGCCUGUCAUGGCAGGUGCAUCUGGUGUACUCCAGAGUUAUGUUAGGCGGGGCGGCGCCCCCUCCGCCCUUUACAGGGUGGAGCAUUCCUGGGCUGUACUGCCUGGGAGGGGUUGCUGCUGGGACUUCAACUCCCAACCGUCUAACAUACGCCUGCCUGUCAUGGCAGGUGCAUCCGGUGUACUCCAGAGUUAUGUUAGGCGGGGCGGCGCCCCCUCCGCCCUUUACAGGGUGGAGCAUUCCUGGGCUGUACUGCCUGGGAGGGGUUGUUGCUGGGACUUCAACGUCAGUCUUGUCGCCCCGCCUUCUGUGACACAAUCCCAACCGUCUAACAUACGCCUGCCUGUCAUGGCAGGUGCAUCCGGUGUACUCCAGAGUUAUGUUAGGCGGGGCGGCGCCCCCUCCGCCCUUUACAGGGUGGAGCAUUCCUGGGUUGUACUGCCUGGGAGGGGUUGCUGCUGGGACUCAUUCUUGCUUUAUAGGGCGCCUCCCUCCAACCUGACAAGGCCUCGUAAUAAUAGGUGGAGAGCUUUGGAGUACUCUGCAAGGUCUGGCGGUGGCAGGCACAGAAUUGUCAUAGAAUCAUCUCACUCCUUUGCAGAACUUCCGCUGGGCCUAGCCAGGUACUACGGUGUGAAGCAGGAAUCAUUGGGCUCUGACUUUUCUGUGCGCCAUUGCCCUGGCUGCCUUGAACUUUUAAAGACAAUGCAGUAA